AAAAUAGACUCACACCCCGAGACCGCCGGCUCUGCCUGAGCUCAUACUGAAGUCAUAGGUCUAUAUCUUCAAGCACACGGCUAUGAAAAGGGUACUGAAUCUAAAAACUCAAGGAUACCGAGGAAUGACGCCAGAAAACCCAGGCACAAACAAUCAGCUGUUUGACACCCGGAGUCAGCUUUCUGACAGUCUAAUCAAGCAGAGCUUUUAAAGUCCUGAUGGAUCUGACGUCUCUUUGCCCAGAUGACCAAAGACGGUCACCAUCGGCUCUGACAGAGAGUCAAACAGAAGAUUUGGAUUCUGCUUCUAUGCUGCAGAGUCCUACAGUAAACCUGUUUUCUGCACAUGAACCAAGAACAGAGACUGUGUUCGAUCUCGUAGACACCUCUGACAAAAGCACUGACUCAGACAGUGUGAAGUCUUUAACGCCACAUUGUUUGUCACUUUGCUCAGAGCCUUUACCAAAGGAUGAUGAUUUCAGGGUUCGCUGCUGUUUGGACUCAUCAGAACCAACAUUACCUCUUCUACCUCAGACCUCUCAUGACCUUAUUUCACCCCAAUCAGACGCUUUCGAGUUUUAUGUCCAACAAGAGCCGUCACGCUCCUUUACUGAAUCUUUUUGUACCGUGUCAUCCACAUCCGAGGGACUGAUGGAUGCGUCUAUCACGGAGCUCCUCUCCAGCAGUAGCUCCAGCUCUGAACACAGUGAAGCCAUGUCUUUAUUAAGGUCGUUAACACCCCAGUCGGAUAGUUUAGGCAGUGAUAAAGUAGAAGAACCAAUGCCAGACCUUUACAUCUUUGAAAGUGACACACAGGACUUCUUCCUGAGCCCAAAUGUAGAUCCCCAUGAGAUUAAAUGUCCUGAAUACCAGCCAUUACCCCAAACAGGGGGGGAAAAGGCAAACCAAGAGUGUGAUACACAUGCCUCGAUGUGUGAUUCAGGAGACAUUCUGACACAAUGUCAUCGCGGCUCUGGUGAGGAGUGUGCCACAGAAAACCAUGAGUCAGACGUGAGCCAACAUGCAGGUUUAACAGCACCUGCUGCAGAUGCCUGGGAGGUGGACUUGAUGUCGGUAAAUGAUGUGAGACAAGGGAAAGCAGAGGUCGCCGGUUUAACCCUUCCACUACAGAGCAGAGAAAGCCCUGUCGAGCUCUGGCUGGACGCAUGCCAGUAUCUGGCAGGUGAGGAUACAGAAGAACAGGAUGUUUUGGACGGGACAGGACCCUCUGUGAUGCAAGGAGGCUCCUCAGCUACCAGUGACUUAUCUUUUCCCCCAGGAGGAUCAGAUUACAGCCAUGAUGCUAGCGAGGGGAUUGGCUGGUCCAGUGAUGACACCAGAGGUUGGGGGCCACCGGUUGAAAGAUGGUCAUCAGUGGACAGCUGGGCCAGUGCACUCUCAGACUGGACUGGGAUCAUCGCGGCUCCACCAGAAGACAUCACAGCUGCCUUUGCAGAGAUAGGGGCUGAGAUAGAUGCUUUAACACAGGCACUAGCAGAGGUGAAUACUCAUAUAGAAGCAGAGACGUCGAAGGAAGGACAGAGUCUAGAGAUAGCGGCGCAGGCACAAUCACAGCCUACCAUGGGUGUCCAGGAUCAGCCUCUAAAGGCACAAAACAUCCCAGAGAGCUCCAUUCAUUCUGGGCAGAGUUGUCUCUCCUUGUGCCUCGAAGCUACAGGACCUGAACUCUGUGACAGAGAGACCUACCACAGUGUUGAAUCCUUGUGCGAUUCAACACCUUCCACACAAGGAGAAAGGGAGAGAGAAGAAUUCCUGAGCUGCCAGGCAGAGGGUUCUCCAUGCCCACCUCCCCACCACUCAUCCAUGGGUUCACUUGGUGCCACGGUGGCGGCUCCUCCAGGACACAGCGUAGAUGCAUCUGCAGUCACAUUGAUGCCUGGAUCUACUCCUUCUGCUGAUUUGGACUUUUCCCAGUUUGGUAGAUAUGUCAAGUCCUUGGAGAUGGACAUUUUCAUGAGCAAUGAGGAAGAGCCAAUCACACUGAAUAUAACAGAAGAUACUGAUUUGGAUGCUCCUGCAGAGCUGGUAAUUGAGGAGCCCCUUGGAGAUGAACUGUGUAAAGUGACAGAUGAAUGCAGUGCCUCAGCGGCCAAGCAGGAAGCUAAACGGCGCUUUGGGCGAGCUGAGGUUGAGGGAAACAAACCUACGACAGAUCAUAAUUUCCUCAGCACACACACUCUAACAAACUCACACGUGCCAGGUGUGGACACACAACCUGGCCGUCAUAUUAAUGUUCACACACACGUGUCAUUUGACUCUUUGCCAGACCUUGAUGGAGCGUGUCAGGUGGAGCCACAGUGGGGGAGUCCUAAGUUUAUUAUGCCCUUAGCUCCGCUCUGUUUUGGCUCCUCCCUCGUCUGUCGGACAAGCAGCAGUUUGGAAGGAGAUCAGCAUUGUGAUAAAAGGUCUCUCAAUGACAACAGAGACCUCAGUUGUGAUCACGUACAACACCGCGCUCUCUGGCCAACCCCGGAUGGAAUUACCGACAAACCAUCUCUGGAAGGUGAUGAGGAGUUGAUUCAUAAAAAGGAGAAUACAUUAAAUGCUGCUGAGAAAUCUUCACCAGAGGGACUACUGGACUUCACUAGCGACACUGCAGAACACGCUGCAAGAAAAUCAAUAACUGAGGAGAUUGAUGAUCGCAGUAGAGAGCAAGAGAACUUCCCCGUUUUCCCGUUUGAGCCUUUCGUCAUUUCGGAGGAGAAACGCAUUGCAUACAUCACUUUAGAUAUAAAUGACCCAUUUGUCUCCAGAGUUGCAAAACCAAUCACACAACCUCAGCUGAGUCAGAGAACACCUGAGAAGAUGCCUCACAAAACGCGCUCCAAAAAGGAUAAAUCAGCCGGUCAUCACCAUGGUGCACCGGGAUCCAAAAAACAGGAGGUUAUAUCUCACCAUGUUCCCAAUCAGCAGGCCUGCAAACAGCAAGAAACUCACCCUCCUGCUGGAGAAAACCACACCAGCGAGAACACUAUAGCCGGGCUUGAGGCCAACGAGGCUAAAUUGGUGAUCGAGACUGUUGUGGCGACAGAGAAGAGCGCAAGCAAGUCUCAUGGGCAUAAGAAGAAAAAGAAACAUGGCCAGAAUGCAACAUCAGUAGCGAGUGGAGGGGAGCCACUGGCUGAAGUAGAGAAUGGAGCAAAACCGAAGACUGCAAAAGGAAGGAUUGAUAUGUUUGAGAGCAAGCUGGGCGCUAAAGCUGGGAAAGCUCAAAUGGACAGCAUUCAGUCAGAUGGUGCUGAGAAAAAGUCCCAGCAACCGGAGGCUAAAGCGUCUCAGGGGGAACAAUGUCAGAAUCACACAGAUCAUAAAGACCACCAGCCUAAAAACUUCCCCAGUCCUCUGAAUGAUGACGUUAUUAAAAGGCGACGCCUGUCAGAGAAUAAGUUUGGGAAGCUUGUCAGUGUUUUGGAGUCUAAAUUUCCAAAGUCAGAUGUUUCAGUAAAGGCAAAGGGAGCAAAGGGAGAGGAGCUCAAGGCAGACGUCGGAGCAUCUCGUAAGAAGGCGUACAGUGAAGUGGUCAAACAGAAAGUCCCACACAAAGAAGACCCUAAGGUGGUGCAGCCGAUCCAGGCAGCGUCCGUGAGCGGGGACCCCCAGAGUCUGAGCCUGUGGUGUCAGUUUGCUGCCGUCUUCUCCGAUUACACCGUGACCUGGAGCAGAGAGGGCGCUGUCCUAGCAGAGAUCAAGAGAAGUGCAGGGGACGAGAGCAGAGUGUCACUGACCAUCACCAACGCUUCCAACAAACACCUGGGCAAGUACCAGUGUCGCCUCAGCAGCUUACACGGGUCAGUCACCCUGGACUACCUGCUCACAUAUGAAGUGCUCAGUGAGAUUGUCAUCCCUCCAACUCCAAAGACCAUUACAGUUGCCCCUGUAGAGGUGAGCAGUGAGGAGGAGGACGUCCGCUGUUCCAGACUCAUGUUCAAAGAGGAUUUUCUGUCCGACCAGUACUUUGGCGACAACCAUCCCAUCAGCAUCAUCACGGAAAAGGUCCACUUUGGGGAGGGGAUGCAUCGGCGGGCUUUCCGGACCAAGUUGCACCUGGGUCAGAUGCCCCUGUUACUGCCAGGACACCCCUGUGUGCUUAAAGUACACAACGCUAUCAGCUAUGGGACCAAGAACAACGACGAGCUCGUUCAGAAGAACUUUACGUUGGCUGUGGAGGAGUGUCAGGUCCAGAACACGGCGAGGGAGUACAUCAAAGGGUACACUGCUGCAGCCCAGUCCUUUGAAGCCUUCGGUGAUGUGCCAGAGAUCAUUCCCAUCUACCUGGUUCACCGUCCGUCCAAUGACAUCCCCUACGCCACGCUGGAAGAGGAGCUGAUUGGUGACUUUGUAAAGUAUUCGGUUAAGGACGGCAAAGAGAUCAACUUGAUGAGACGCGACUCAGAGGCAGGACAGAAGUGCUGUGCCUUCCAGCACUGGGUGUACCAUACGACCGAGGGCAACCUGCUGGUUACUGACAUGCAAGGAGUGGGCAUGAGGCUUACUGAUGUGGGAAUAGCCACCUGUAAGAAAGGGUACAAGGGAUUCAAAGGAAACUGUGCCACCACCUUCAUCGACCAGUUUAAAGCCUUGCACCAGUGCAACAAGUACUGUGAAAUCCUCGGCCUCGUGUCCCUUCAGCCCAAACCAAAAAAGCCCGCAUCCGUCCCGAAACCCAAACCCCAACCUUCUGCUGCACCCAAGAAGAAAACAUUUGGUCCGACGGUGAAGGGGAAGUCAUAAUCGGAGGAGAAUGUUGGACUAAGGGUUUUAUUAUUCAUUUAAAUAGUGACAUUUUUUGGUGAUUGUCUUCGCUCUCUUUGGACCUCGUGAUGCAGAGUUGUGCUUGUCGAAGAGAAAUCAUGAGGGUUUCCUAAGUUUGGGGUUGCAGCAGGACGGAUCGUUGAAGAGGACGUUACACAACCAGCAGCUGUCGUUUCAUACGAGAGUUUUCUUUAUUGAAAAGAUUUGUUUUAUCGAAGGUUUCACCUGAGAGUUUCUGCGCUGUAUGUGUCUUCUUUAGCUCUGGAGAAACUGUGACAAUUGUAAGGAACACUUGAAAAUGAUGAGAAUGAUGCGUUUGUCUACGGCGAUGAGCUGUGAUGUCUUAGACUGCUUGAUUGACGAGGUGCAAUGAUUCUUCUCUACAUGUUUUUCUACUUCUGUGAUGUUUUCAAACUACCGGUUCAUUAAAUUAAUGGACUUAUUAAUUAAUUGAUUAGUGGAAAUGUCUUUGAAGUAGGCUGUAUGAGUGGGCACUUUUUAUGUGUUUGGUUUGCAAGGCGGUAACGGUGUUUGAUGAACGUAUACCCUGAUUAAUGUUUAAAUAUUGUAAUAUUUGUUCAUUUAGUGAAGCUACUGAGCUCAUGUUUAUAUUCUGGAAACAACACAAAGUCAUUUGUAUACGUAAAAAGCUCAUGUAAAGUGUAUCUUUGAAUGUAUUCAAUGUGAAAUGUGAAGAUUUCUUGAUUUGUGAUUAUAUUAUCUGGGGAGUUUCUGCCCAUUACUUGGAUUUCAAAU